AUGGCGUACGAGACUUCUGUUCCCUAUUCCCUAUCAUUAAAAGCAUCUGCUGACCAUUUAUUUGCUCCGUACGAGUAUACUGCUACCUCUGUAGCUUGUAUCUUGUACGAAGCAGACAAAGAUAGCCUCCAAGCUCCUCGUACACCCAACCGCGCCCCCUCCUUCCCUGCCAACCGGCCUCUCAGCCGAGAAGAGUGCCUGAGCCUCUUUGCCUUUAUUAAUAGACGAGCCGGACGAGCACCAACUGCUGUGCUUCCACUUGGGGGUCAAGAGCUAUCUGGGUAUAUUCAUACAGAUAUACAGAGGCGUGUGCUGGCCCUUCCUGGGCGGGAAGUUAAGUUUAUUCGCGGCAGAAUAAACUGGCAUCAGUUAUGGCAACACCGGCCCUCGUACAUCAAUGCCAUGCUUAUACAGUCUCGGGGGACUCGUCUGACCCAGCCUUGUAAAGGAUGCCGCUCCGUACAAGGAAGACCAGUCUUCCCUGAAUGCCGCCAUGUACCUGGGGCAUUCGACGGAUGCUGCGCCAACUGUAAAUGGCGUGACCAUGGGUAUCGCUGCUCCGUACGAGACGAGCACUGGCAGUGGAUGCUUGGUGGUGGACUUGGUCUACCCCAGGGAGCUUCAAACCAGCUGGUUAUCAAUCUUGAUCCAGUGGAAGGUGAGGCUGAAAAUCCUAUCUACCUUGAUUUCCCUGAAGGGGAUGAGGACAAUCCGAUUGUCUUUAAGGGGUACGGGCUCGUGUACCUCACCUGA